CGACCUUCGCGGCUCUUUGAUUCUCAGCUGUCUGUACCAGUUUUUGUGUCCGUUUCAGGCGGUCACCAUCUUGAUUUUCGUUACUCUUUGGUUGUUUACUUUGAGUUCCAGAUUCAGUUCGUUUUCAAGGUUCAGGUUUGCAGAAAAAAAGUUUGAACUUUAAAUCAGCCAGUCUGAGCGGUCCACUCCAAAUUUAUUUUACAAACGGUUGCAAACUGAGGCCGAACCGAACCAUUUUCCCGGUUUCGCCUUCGGUUCACCGGAGAGUCCGGAGGUCACCUGGACAGCUCUUUGGAUGAUGGCAAACCCUCUGCGGCCUGAGGUGGUUCGGCUCUACAAGAACCUCCUCUACCUCGGCCGGGAAUACCCGAAAGGCAGCGACUACUUCAGGGACCGUCUGAGAGCGGCGUUUACUAAGAACAAGUCGGUCCAGGACCCGGAGCAGAUCAAGGCCAUGAUCGCCCGGGGGGAGUACGUGGCGCGGGAGCUGGAGGCGCUCUACUACCUGAGGAAGUACCGGGCCAUGAAGAAGCGUUACUACGAGGAGUGAAGACGCUCCGC